UGGAAAACCCUUUAAAUCUCAAGAUUGUCUUCUUUCCUUGAAGCUUUUCAACAAUGGCGGAACCCAAAAAGUAUAUCUCUUCAAAUGACCUCAAAACACAUAACAAACCAGGGGAUCUGUGGAUCUGUAUUCAGGGAAAGGUGUAUGAUGUUUCCGAUUGGAUGAAAACCCAUCCUGGUGGUGAUCUGCCAUUGUUGAAUCUUGCUGGUCAAGAUGUUACUGAUGCCUACGUUGCUCUUCAUCCUUCCACCGCUUGGCAACAUCUCGACAGGUUCUUUAAUGGCUAUUAUCUCAAAGACUACACUGUCUCUGAGAUCUCUAAAGAUUACAGAAAGCUCUAUUUGGAGUUUACGAAAAUGGGUUUGUUUGAAAAGAAAGGUCAUGGGGUUUUGAUAUCCAUGGUGUUCAUCGCAAUGCUGUUUUCGAUUUGUGUUUAUGGUGUUUUAUGCAGCAAAAGUGCUUUUGUUCAUUUGAUUUGUGGUGGAUUACUGGGGUUUCUUUGGAUUCAAAGUGGUUGGCUUGGUCAUGAUUCCGGCCAUUAUCAGAUCAUGAUGGAUCGGAAAUCGACUCGAUUUGCUCAGAUCUUGACCGGAAAUUGUCUCGCCGGAAUUAGCAUCGGCUGGUGGAAAAGAAACCAUACUGCCCACCACAUUGCUGUCAACAGUCUUGAAUACGAUCCAGACCUUCAACACAUGCCGGUUUUCGUGGUGUCUUCCAAGUUUUUCGAUUCCAUCACUUCGAAAUACUAUGAAAGAAAGUUGAACUUCGAUUCGGUAACUCGAUUUCUCGUUAGCUACCAGCAUUACACAUAUUAUCCAGUUAUGUGCGUAGCUCGACUUAAUCUUUUCGCUCAGUCGUUCGUGUUGCUUUUAUCGAACAAGAAAGUGUCGAAAAGAGGGCAAGAGCUUUUCGGGCUUCUAGUCUUUUGGAUUUGGUACCCUUUGCUGAUAUCUUUCUUACCGAAUUGGCAAGAACGAGUGAUGUUCGUGUUGGCGAGCUUUUCCGUCACCGGGAUCCAACAUGUUCAGUUCACGUUAAACCAUUUCUCGUCCACGGUUUACGUGGGCGAACCAAGUGGGAACGAUUGGUUCGAGAAGCAAACCAACGGCACGCUCAACAUCGACUGUUCAGCAUUCAUGGAUUGGUUCCACGGCGGUCUUCAGUUUCAGAUCGAACACCAUCUCUUUCCGAGACUGCCGAGAUGCCACCUUCGAAAAAUCUCGCCGUUUGUGAAGGAGUUGUGUAAGAAACAUGGUUUACCGUACGAUUCAGCCUCGUUUUUCAAGGCGAACGAGAUGACGAUUGCGACACUGCAAACCGCGGCUCUACAGGCUCGUGACUUGACCAAACCGGUCCCAAAGAAUCUGGUCUGGGAAGCCGUAAACAGUCACGGCUAACCGUGAGGGCCAAAUGGGUGGUUCGUUUGGAUGGUUAUUUAUGCUUAUGGAAUGUAUUUGUUCGUAUAAUAGUGUCGUUUGUUUUGAUUUUAGAUUCAACUUCAUUCUUUGGUUAUCCAAGGUAAAUCGUUGUUCUACUUGUUUUGUAACGGGUUCAAUAAUUCGGGUCAUUUUUGACCCGGUUCAUGGUUUGUAAACGGAGGUGGAUCCAUGGUCUUACUUUUGGUAAGCAUAAGAUUUAGUGAAAAUGAUCAAAUUUUGUUUGCUUUUGGUCU